GAAAAUGCAUUGUUUAUUUAUUAAGUAACAGCUAUUCAUUUGGGCUUUUUCUAAUGGGCCGGGACCUGACAUUCAUGGAAUUGUCAGAAAGCUGCUGGCCCAGUCUCAGCAAAUGAAUUUAGAGCAAUCUACCUUUGAAAUUGGAACAGGUCAAACAGAAUAUAGCCACUGCUGGCUUUCAACUCAGUUAAUCAAUUUAAAAUCCAACAACCACCAUAAUGUCAUGAUCCAUGAGUUUAAUGUAUUAUUUUAAGAGCUGGUAGAGCUACUUCUGAACAUUUAAAAACAGAACAAAGUUGGAUUUGGGAAGCAUGUUCUGAACUGGUAUAAGCCUGCUUUGAAUAUCUAUCUUUUUUCUCAUUCAACAAAGAUGGGAAGAGCUCCUUGUUGUUCAAAAGUUGGGUUGCAUCGAGGCCCCUGGACUUCUCGGGAAGAUGCAUUGCUCACCAAAUAUAUUCAAGCUCAUGGAGAAGGCCAAUGGAGAUCACUUCCGAAAAGAGCUGGGCUUCUGAGAUGCGGAAAAAGUUGCAGACUUCGAUGGAUGAACUAUCUAAGACCGGAUAUAAAGAGAGGAAACAUAACUCCUGAAGAAGAUGAUCUUAUUGUAAGAAUGCAUUCGCUUCUUGGUAAUAGAUGGUCUCUUAUUGCUGGAAGAUUACCAGGAAGAACGGAUAAUGAGAUAAAGAAUUACUGGAACACGCAUCUCGUUAAAAAACUAAAUAAUCAAGAACAACCUGAGGAGAAGAAGAAGAAGAAAAAGAAGCAAAAGAAGGGAAAGAACAAAACCAUAACAAAAGUACCAGAAGAUUCAGAGAAGAAGACCUUAGUUUAUCUACCAAAGGCUAUGAGGAUCAAGAAGAGUUUAUCAUAUGUAAUACCAAGAACUGAUAAUACCUUAAACAUGGAGCCAAACUCAGUAACAACAAGCCAAAAGGAAGAAGAGCAAAGAGUAGAAACAAAAGAGGGAGACAAUGAUGGGUUUGGAUUGUUCUUUGGUGAACAGUGCCAUGAAGAUUUGGUCAACAACAAUGACAUGGAAUGCCAAACUGGUUUUCUUGAGAAGUUGUAUGAAGAGUACUUGCAGCUUUUGAAGAAUGAAGAAAAUCAUGAAAAACUGUUGGAUUCUUUUGCUGAGUCUUUAUUGGUGUGAAUGAGUAAUAUAUGUAUAAUGUAUGACAGAAAAAAAUAUUUUAAAGCAAAUGCAAAAAAAAAAAAAUGAAAAGAAAUUUGUCAAUUGUGUUUGUGAAUAGAGAUUUCAAUAUUUUAGCAAUUUAGGAAAAUCUUAUAAACUUACUACCUGAGAAUUAUUUGAAGGCUUU